AUGCUAAUACGAAAUUCUAAGAUUUUAUCACACUAUAGAUAUCUUGGGCUAAAAUGCCAUAUCCCAAUUACUCAAAUAAGUGGGCUUCAUACCACCAUAAAAACCUUGAAUCCAACUGAGUUGAACAAUACUACGGCUGUAUUACUUCAAAAAAAUUUAUUACAAAGGAAUAGUUCAUUGCAUGGUUACGGUUCAGGGACAAUACGAUGUACUUUAUUUGACGGCAAGGGAAAUAAUGAAAGACCAUCCAUCGAGAUGAAGAAACAGGAUUUGGUCACUUUACAUGGUUUACUUCCUAGAGAUUUGAGAAAGAUAGAGAGGUCUAAGAAGAAUGAUUUAGUCCCAAGCUUACUUGUUAGACAGAAUGGUAUCUUAAUUAGUUUAUUAGCCAUUAAAGCACUGAUAAAGCCGGACAUGGUCAUCCUCUUCGAUUCAUCGCCAAAUGGUAUUUUCUUAAACUCUUUGAGCCAAAAAAAUCUCAUAAGUGACCUGAAAGUCAGAUUGAGUAACCAAAACAAUGAGGAAGAACUUAAUGCUGGGGCAUUGCCAUUUGAGUUUAAGGCAUUAGAAGCUAUAUUCAUCAAUGCAAUUUCAAAUUUAACGAGUGAAAUGAAGGUUUUACUUACAAUAUCGAGAGGAAUUCUGCAAGAUUUGGAAGAGAGCAUUACGAGGGAAAAAUUAAGGUUUUUAUUGACUCAAAGUAAAAAAUUAACAAAUUUUAAUAAGAAGGUCAUUCUACUAAGGGAUAUGAUCGAUGAUCUUCUAGAGCAAGACGAUGUACUAUGUUCGAUGUAUUUAACAGAUUGGAGCUCCGGAAAACAUAGGGAUCUAGAAGACCAUGAUGAUAUAGAAAUGCUGUUAGAAACAUACCACAAUCAUAUCGAUGAAAUAGUUCAAAUGAGUGAAAGUAUUAUUUCCGAUAUUAAAGCAACGGAGGAGAUUAUCAACGUUACAUUAGAUUCAAAUAGAAAUCAACUGAUGCUGCUUGGAAUAAAAUUUAGUAUAGGUAUGGUGUCUAUAGGUGGUGCAAUGUCAGUUGGGUCAGUCUAUGGAAUGAACUUAGAAAAUUUCGUGGAAGAGACGAACUACGGAUAUGUUUUGGCUGUUACAAUAGGUAUGGUGUCAACAAUAUGGAUUUACCUUGUUGGUAUUAGACACUUACAUAAGUUGCAAAAGAUAUCUUUGAUGAAUAGUUUGAAAAAGAAAAGAAAAUAA